GCCAAAGACAGCAUCACCUACAAUAACAGCUGCAACAGUAUAAUUCCUGCGCUGUAGAGGGGCCCUCUAGUAGAAGGAGCCCCACCCGCACCCGGGAAGAUUGUCCGUUGCUGAGCUAUUAAUGAGCCUGCCACAAUAUUAAUCCGCGAUACCAGUGCUGCAUAACCUUUCCUUGUAAAGCAACCCAUCUAGAUCGUCUAUAGACACGCAACCUAUGUGGCAUACCUCUGAUUAAACCUCAUGCAUAGUACCUGACGACUAUUCUUUGGACUUCAGCGCAAUGGGCUCUCUAGAUUCCGGAUUGAUGUAUGCGGCGCAGUAUAAUAAGAAAACAAAUAAGGUCGAAGUUAACCACAUACCUAUUCCGACGUGCAAGGACAAUGAGAUCCUCAUCAAGACCAGGUGUGCGUCGCUAUGCCACUCCGAUCUGAUGCUGUUCUGGGGCCAUACUGCGGAAGAACCCCCCACAGACACCAUAACCAUCGGCCACGAGAACACGGGCUUCGUUGUUGCGCUCGGAAAGGACGUCAAAAAUUUCAAGAUAGGUGACCCGGUGGGCUGCCUUGGCUGUAGUUAUGCUUGCUAUGAAUGCGAAGGCUGCCAAGUGCACAACCUCUUCUGUGAGAAGGGAACAGGGAGGAUGCAUGGAUUUUCGUGCGAGGGACAUUUCGCAGAAUAUUCCGUGGCUGACUGCCGAAACGCAAUGGUGUUGCCAGACGGCAUGGACAUGAUAACCGCGGCACCGCUGUUUUGCGCCGGCAUCACUGCCUAUCAUGCUGUAAAAGGCUGCAACCUGCAAGAGGGACAAUGGAUUGCAAUCGUCGGGUGCGGCGGCCUCGGACAUCUCGCAAUCCAGUACGCGAAGGCCAUGAAGUUGAAGACCAUCGGACUGGAUAUUUCGAAUGCCCAGUUGGAGGCAGUCAAGACACUGGGUGCCGACAUCGUCAUCAACACCAUGGAGGAGCCCAAUUAUGAGGCCAAAAUCAAGGAGCUCACCAAUGGCGGCUGUCACGCCGCUGCCGUCUUCAGUGCAUCUAAUGCAGCCUAUGAGACCGCGCCCAAGGCCCUCCGCAUCAACGGUCUUUUGAUGGUUGCCGGUAUUCCCCAGCGGCCAUUGUCCAUCAGCGCCCUGGAUAUUCUGUUGGGUAAGUAUCGCAUUGCGGGAAGAAGUAGCGGCAUCCCUCAGAACAUGCCAGAGGCAAUUAUGUUCAGUCACGAGCAUGGCAUCAAAUCACACAUAACCACCUUCAACAGCAUCCACGACAUCCACAAGCUGAUCGACUUGAUGAAUUCUGGGAACGCUGCCGGGCGUUUUGGAAUCGUUCUGGACUGAUGUCAAUGUUGCGACAUCUGAACCAUGUAAGCCGGAGCCGGUGGGGGUAGCUCGGCUUUUCUUUGUGAGGCUAAAAUCGCCCGUACAACAUCAAAUAAACAGUAGUCGAUGUUUGUAUGCAGAAAGUGGGUGAUUGCAGAAUAAAGGUUUCCCUCUUCAUUCAGUUUUUGUUUCUUGUUGA